UGAACGCUCGAAUACAACAGUAUCUCUGCUCGAAUCGAAACGAGUGUGUUGAAUUUUUUCAAUUAAACUCUCGGAAAAUUUACGUUAAUAAUGUAUGGAGAUGACAUUUGCGCUGUGUGUAAGCAAUCGGCACAGCAGAAGUGUAGUGCUUGCAAGCUCGUUUUUUAUUGCAGUCGUGAGCACCAGAGGUGUCACUGGAAAGAACAUGCAAAAAAUUGCCGGUCCUUCAAACUGCAGACAAAUGAGAUCCUGGGGAGGCAUUACAUCGCGACGAAGAGGAUCGAACAGGGAGAGGUUUUCCUGAGGGAGAGGAAACCUCUGGUGGCUGGACCUCCGGUGGAUACUCCUCCGGUUUGCCUCGGGUGUUAUGGAGUUCUUCAUGCUGAUACAGCUGAACCUUGUCACAAGUGCGGAUGGCCAUUGUGCAGGGAAUGCAAAGGACAUGGCCCUGAAUGCCAGUUCACCACUCAAUAUCGAGAUUCAAAGGUGUCAAUCACUGAAUUUGGAUGUCCUCAUCCGACGUACAGGUGCAUAAAUAUUCUUCGUGCUCUAGCCUUGAGGGAUGCUGAUCCGAAAACCUAUAAAAUAAUUCUCGAUCUCCAGGGUGAUUGUCCCAUCGACGAUUACGAUCGAGGAGAACAGCACAAAUCAUUGGCGAAUUUCGUUAAACGAUUUUUCAAGAUUGAUCAUAUACCACUGGAGGAGAUAAUUAAAAUCGCGGGUGUCCUCCAGAUCAAUGGCCAGGAAGUCCCCACGACUGAACCCCCGCAUAUCGCAGUUUACGAUUUAACUUCGUACCUCGAACACAGUUGUCACGCAAAUAGUUCCAAGAGCUUCACGGAAAAGGACGGACUAAUAAUUAGAGCAGCGAUAGCAAUAAAUAAAGGAGAUCACAUCAGCAUGUGCUACACUGAUCCACUGUGGGGAGUCACUAACAGACGUCAUUAUCUAUUACAAACUAAAUUUUUCCAUUGCCAAUGCGCUCGGUGCUCUGAUCCAACCGAAUUCGGAACCAUGUUCAAUGGAUUGAAAUGCAGCAAAAAUAAUUGCUGCGGCACAAUGUUGCCACCGACUUUCUUAGUAAAAUCCACCGAAAAAUAUCCAGACUACACCUGUAGCAUCUGCGAGGAGGUGAUUCCCUGGGAAGCGGUGGACGUUAAGCUCGAGAAGAUCGGGAUAGAAUUAUCCUCGAUGACGAAAAACAAUGUCGACGAGUGCAGGAGAUUUCUGAGUAAAUAUUCCAGAAUUCUGCAUGAGAAUCAUUUCUACAUGGUUGACGUCAAACUGGCGAUGUCCCAGAUGAUUGGACAACAGUCCGGAGGAUUACCAGCCGUCAGCGACGAAAUGCUCAACGAGAAAAUAUCUCUUUGCAAAAAACUCGACCAGCUCUUUAAAAUCCUCAUGCCAGCUGAAGUUAGACUUCGAGGAUUAGUUCUCUUUGAAAUUCAUGCAGCCAUGGCUGAAUUUGGAAGACGUCAAGGACCUGAUCAACUCCGCGGAAUGCUCAUGCUCUCGCGAACUGCAUUGAAAGAUGCUUAUGAAUUACUUAGACUCGAGCCAGAGAUUCUGCCAGAGGGAAAAAUCGCUCGGAUCGCUGACAAAAAUCUCAUGGAGAUGGAAGCAAUCAUCAAAACUCUCUGCGCAAAGGCUAAUGCUCUAAUAUAAAGGGAAACCCCUGCCUUUGGAUUCCUAUCGCUUUGGGAAUUUUCCGGGAACAUUUGAUGAUGGGAAAAUGCACUACAGAAAUUAAUAGAAAAAUUUUGUCCGCCUUUGAGGAAUUGAAUUUACGUAUUCACCUCGUGGAAGAUAAACUCCUCAAAGCUACCGGAAACAUUGAAGAUAAAAAAAUAUCCUAUUGCAUUAAAUAAACAACAGAAAAUAUUUAUAAUUCUCAUUUAUUUUAAUGCAAUUUACACCGAAAUAUUACUACAAAUUUGAACAUUAGGAGAGAUGAACUCAUCGCGUCCAUCCGAAUUCGAGAUCUUUCAUAAAAUAAAAGACGAUACUCUUAUUAUGCAAUGAAAUGCAAUGAGCGUAUGUUCUAUUGAAUAAUGAGAAAUGAAAAAACAGGUGGAAAAAAUUGGAACGAAUGAAUUACCGUGAAAAAAAUGAACAAAAAAAUAUAAAUGUGGAAUAUUUGGGAUCAGAUAAGGAUAAUAUUCGCAAUAUUAAAUCCACAAAAAUGAUCAAUUUCAAUCAGAUCGAUUGAAAAUCAAUGGCUAUGAUGAAUCGGUCGUUGCAGUGUAAUAAUCCAUGAAUAUCAGACUCCAUGAACUGUAAUUAUCGAUAAUAAAAUAUCAAUUUCAAUAACUAA